AUGGGGAAGAUGUCCACUGCUGCGGAAGCAUCACUGCUCUGUUGUCAGAACGUUGGUCCAAGACUGGGAUUGCAAUGCUGCUCUUUACCCUCCUUUGUUUAACUUUUCUGAUCAGCGGCGUCAGUGCAGAAUGUGGCCUCCGACCAUCUUACGAGUCCUUUCAGGGGACAGGCAAGAGGUUCACAAAGGGGAGAUACGCCAUAGAAGGGGAGUUCCCGUGGCAUGUGAGCAUCCAGAGCAAUGGGAGACAUGUCUGUGGAGGCACCAUAAUCAGCGUAUUGUGGAUUUUGACUGCAGCUCAUUGCUUUGGAGAAGAGAUGCCACCAGACCUCACUGUUUUAGUGGGGGGAACUGACCUCAGUGUCCCGCUGGAAGAACAUAAGCCAGACAGCUUGAUCAUCCAUGAAAAAUUUGACAGAAUGACCAUGCAAAAUGACAUUGCUCUGAUCCUGCUCAGCUCUCCCAUUGAGUUCAGCAAUGAGAAAAUCCCUGUCUGCUUGCCCUUCAUGCAUGACAUCAAUACGUGGCAACACUGCUGGGUUGCAGGGUGGGGAACCACAAGUGCAGCAAUUGCAAGGCCAACAUCCCACAUGAUGCAGAAAGCACCAGUGAAGCUCAUCAGCAGGCAGCAGUGCUUGAAGAGUAUCCCACAGCUAGUGGAGAACACGCUGUGUGCUGAGAUGGAGAAAGGAAGAGGUGCUUGGCAGUCACAGGUGGACAGCGGGGGACCUCUGGUUUGCAGCAGCUGGAACACCAUGAAGUGGUUUCAGGUUGGAAUUGUCAGCUGGAAACAAGAUCAUGCAGACAAGCCAGCCCAUGAGAUCUUAUUGUCUGUUUACAGCUACCGUCACUGGAUAGAGACUGAAACAGCCAAAAGUGGGAAACCUUUCUUCAUUGAAGGUGUGGAUAACUAUUCUAAUAGUCAGCUGUUUUCCUCCAAGGCUGAGCCACAGCUGGUAUCCCUUGAGUAUUGUCUCCUUUUAUUUAUCUCUUUAAUAGCAAUUAGAUUACUAUAGGGAAGAUUUUUUCAAAACAUAAUAAAAGUCAGAACUCAUGUCUUAUCA